CUGCGCAAGUCCGCGGGCAGAACCCCAGCAGUGCGCAUGCGCCACGUCCCUACGCGGUUUCUGGGCGCCAGGGUCUACAAGGAAACAUGGCAGAGGCUGGGUCCAAGUCAGUGCUCUUCGUGUGUCUCGGUAACAUUUGCCGGUCACCCAUUGCAGAAGCAGUGUUCAGAAAAUUGGUAGCUGAUGAAAACGUUUCAGAUAAUUGGGCCAUUGACAGCAGCGCUGUUUCCGACUGGAACGUGGGCCGGCCCCCAGACCCAAGAGCUGUCAGCUGCCUAAGAAAUCAUGGCAUUAGCACAGCCCAUAAGGCAAGACAGAUUACAAAAGAAGACUUUGCCACAUUCGAUUAUAUACUAUGUAUGGAUGAAAGCAAUCUGAGAGAUUUGAAUAGAAGAAGUAAUCAAGUUAAAAACUGCAAAGCUAAAAUUGAGCUACUUGGAAGCUAUGAUCCACAGAAACAACUCAUUAUUGAAGAUCCCUAUUAUGGCAAUGACUCUGACUUCGAGGUGGUGUACCAGCAAUGCCUUAGGUGCUGCAAGGCCUUCCUGGAGAAGACUUACUAGCUGGUCCUAACCACCAUUGAGCGACUCACUCAUCAGUGCUAUGCCUAAGGGUGGUAGCAGUCCUUAGCCCCCAUACCCUACCCCUCUUUUCAGUUGAUUUACUGUAUAUCUUUAAAAUAAUUGUAGGUGGAAAUUAGGCAUAUGUUCAGAAGGAUCUUUGAGUCAUACAGUUUGAGGUGUGGCUAAGCAUUCUUAGACUAACUAAACCUCUGACCUUGCCAUAAUUACAAAAUAGUGAAACAAGCAACUGAAAACCCAAUAAAGUAAGAAUGACCUACAAGGUCCAGGUCAGCCUCUGAGCCCAGCAAGCCUGGGUAGACUGGUCUACCUGGAGUGUGUGCAUGGCCAGCAGCCAGUGUGCUGUGCGCUUGCCUUAUACCUCUUCAUUCUAGACUCUUAUUGUGACAGUAUCUCCAUCCAUGGCAGCCUUCCAUUUAACACUGGAAGAGUUUAAACUCAGACACACUGAGGGCAUUCAGGUAUUUGAGAGAGGAGAAGCUGGAUGUGCUGAUGAGCCUGGGACUCCAGUAGGCUGUCCUGAGCUGGACAGUGACACCCUGUCUAAAGAGUGAACAAAAAUUAACACUAGAUGGGAGCAAGAGACUGAUGAAGUUAACAUCUUUAGUCUUAGUUGGUUUGCGUCUACGUUCUUGAGCUUUGUUCCUCUUUGAGCCACUUUGCUUCUUUCAAGAAAAAGUAAGUGUGCGUAAAUAGCGGCGUGUGUUUGUAAGUGUUCUCAACAGUUGACAAAGUUACAGGCAAGCAUGAGUAGUCUUAGUGUAUUAUCAGAAAAGGGACCUCAAAUUUAUAUGGAUGUAUGUCACAAAGGAAUGUGAAUUCAACUGGGAAGUUAUCAAAUACAACUGAAAUACAAAUCCG